AUGCCUCAGGCAGAAAAAGUCUCCGACGCCGCCCCCAUUCCCAUGUCCCAUUUCCAAUCCAAUUCCCAAAUCAAGAACCAGACCCAUAGCCUGACCCAGUCUCAGUCUCAAGGCCAGCGUCAUUCCUCUGAAGAUCCCGUUGUCUUCUUCCUCCCUAUUCUCCAACAGUGGUGCUGCUCUGAAUUCCUCUGUCGCCUUUUUAUCUUCAGUAGCUUCAUCCGCUCCAUCUCAAAGUCAAUCCCGACUUUCAUAUUCUAUCUCGAACUAUUACAAGUCUCUCUCUCAACCGCGACUUCAUUGCGAAACAAUUAUUCCCCACGUCGUCUUUAUCAACAUCAUAACCAGCAUCUUUCCUCACCUCUCAACUGUCUAAUCCGUCGAAUAUGGAAGCGAAUCUAUAAUCGAACACCAAACAAAUCUGUUUCCGUCUAUAUCCAUCUAGACGAACCCAGCAACGCUACUGUCGCUAUGCCGUCCCAAAAGACCUCCAAUGGCCCCGGCCAGGUUAGCCACCGCCUGCGCAACUUCUUCCGCAUGAACACUGGAGGUAGCACCGGCAGUGCCUCUAGCGAUAAGGAUAAAGAAAAGGAAAAGGAGAAGACUACCUCGGCUGCCACGACACCCGAUCCAUCAAAAUCCCGUCAUACCAAGUUCUUUAGUAAUACAGUUGGCCGUCUGCGCGCGCACACCGUGGCUAGCGAGGGCAACCAGCUGGAUGAAGCUAUGAGCCCUACCGCACACGCGAACCCUUACUUCGCCCACCAAGGCCAACCUGGAUUGCGUCACCAUAACUCCGACUCUGUUCCCCCGAGCCCCCCGGACACACCAACCCUUAAGAUUCAGGGACCCGAUGGCAACACUGCAACAGAUCAGGCAACUAGCGAAACCAAAGAGGAACUUGCCCGGAGACUUAGAAGAGUCGCCAGUGCACCCAAUGCGCAGGGUUUGUUCUCCAAGAACGAGAACAACAAUGAGCGUCCUGCGACUGCUGAGCUUGGUAAAGAUCCUCUCCUUUCAAGUUCAGGCGCGCUUGGUCUCAUAGAGUCGGCCAAGGCUCAGCAUGACGAGGAGAUGACCAAGUCUACCAAUCCCGACGAUGUCCUUGCUGCUCUACCCCCUCCGAAUAUGUCGAUGGCUUUUCGCCGAACCUACAGUUCCAAUUCCAUCAAGGUCCGAAAUGUCGAAGUUAGUCCCUCUAGCUUUGACAAGAUCAAACUUAUUGGAAAAGGAGAUGUUGGUAAGGUGUACCUCGUGAGGGAGAAGAAGAGCAGCAGGCUUUAUGCCAUGAAGAUACUUAGCAAGAAGGAAAUGAUUAAGCGAAACAAGAUCAAGCGAGCUCUUGCAGAGCAGGAGAUUCUUGCGACAAGUAACCAUCCGUUCAUUGUCACAUUAUAUCACUCAUUCCAAUCAGAGGACUACCUAUACCUGUGCAUGGAAUACUGCAGUGGUGGCGAGUUCUUCCGCGCCCUUCAAACACGCCCUGGAAAAUGCAUUCCUGAAGAGGAUGCCCGAUUUUAUGCCGCCGAGGUGACGGCAGCGCUAGAAUAUCUGCAUCUCAUGGGAUUCAUUUACCGAGAUCUCAAGCCCGAGAACAUUCUGCUUCAUCAGUCAGGCCAUAUCAUGCUUUCAGACUUUGACUUGUCCAAGCAGUCAGACCCUGGUGGCAAGCCGACCAUGAUUGUCGGCAAGAAUGGUGCCCGGACAGACGCUCUUCCCACCAUUGACACCCGCUCAUGUAUCGCCAACUUCCGGACAAACUCUUUUGUUGGCACAGAAGAGUACAUUGCGCCAGAGGUAAUUAAGGGCAGCGGUCAUACGAGUGCGGUCGAUUGGUGGACUUUGGGUAUUCUUAUUUACGAAAUGCUUUACGGUACCACUCCCUUUAAGGGCAAAAACCGUAAUGCAACCUUCGCCAAUAUCCUGAGGGAAGAUAUUCCUUUCCCAGACCAUUCCGGUGCACCACAAAUCACCAACCUUUGCAAAUCUUUGAUACGAAAAUUAUUGAUCAAGGACGAGAACCGACGACUUGGUGCCCGAGCCGGUGCAUCCGACAUCAAGGCGCAUCCAUUCUUCAGAACGACCCAAUGGGCACUGAUUCGACACAUGAAGCCCCCGAUCGUUCCUCACGCUGGCCGAGGUGUCGAUACAGUCAACUUCCGAAAUGUGAAGGAAAGUGAGAGUGUUGACCUCUCGGGAUCAAGGGCGAUGCAGGGAGUGCCACUUGACAGUGGACUGGCCACACCCGGUGGUGAGAUUACCGACCCGUUCCUCGAGUUCAACAGUGUCACCUUGCACCACGACGGAGACGAUGAUCACCAUCGAUGA